AUGGCUUCUUCCAGCAGCAACGAGACCAAGCUCAGCAAAGAUGCUGCCACCCUCCGCCUCGAGGCCCAGACCGAUGCCGCCCUGCGCGCCAGGGAGGACGAGAGCGCCCAGAAGCACGCCCUCGCAAUAUUAGCCGAGCACAUGCUGCAGCCGGCGACGCUACACACCUUUGAGAUCCACGGCGCCCGCAAUACGCGGAAGUCGUUUUUGGACCCCAUCUUCCAGUCGCUCGUCGACGACUCGCGCAACGUGGGAACGACGCUCGGCGACGUGUUUGCCGACGUGCAGGAGGCCGUGGGCAAGCUCGAGCGCUUCGGCAUCUUCAAGCCCGACCCGACGGUCCAUUUUGCCGACGCCCGCCAGCGCGACCCGGCCGCCGCGGCCACCGACUACGACAUUGCCGUGCGCGUCUCGGAGCUGCCGCGGUUCCGACUCAACACGGGCACCGACCUCGGCAACACGGAGGGCUCGGCCUACGGCAACCUGCUGUGGCGCAACAUCUUUGGCGGCGCCGAGUCGCUGUCGCUCAACGCCAGUGCCGGCACGCGCACGCGGUCUGCCUACAGUGCCGUGCUGUCGGCGCCGCUCGAGGGCAACCCAGACGUGCGGCUGUCGCUCGAGGGCCUGGCGUCGGCGACGCAGAAGCCCUGGGCCAGCCACGAGGAGGUGCUCAAGGGCGGCACCGUGCGGCUGGGCUGGCGCGUGCCCGCGACGGGCGACCUGCACAGCGUGGCGUACGGCUCGUCAUGGCGCCAGCUGACGGGCCUCGGCGCCACUGCGUCGCCCACGGUGCGCCGCGACGCCGGCGACAGCCUCAAGAGCAGCCUGAGCCACACGUUCACGCGUGAUCGCCGCGACAACCCGCUGCUGCCCCAGAGCGGCUACCUCGUGCGGACGGCCUCGGAGCUGGCCGGAUGGGGCCCACUGGGCGGCGAUGUCGCCUUCGCCAAGGCCGAGGCCGAGUUCUCGGGUGCCGUUCCCCUCGUUUUCCCCAACGUCAAGGCCGCUUCCUCCACGUCCUCAGCUUCUUCUUCCGCCUCCUCCACACUCGCCUCGACCCUGGCGCCCUCCUCCCCAAUAGCAACGACCUCGUCUGGCACGGACUGCGGCAUCACCGUCGGCGCCGGUUUCCGCGCCGGUCUGCUGUAUCCGCUGCCCUUUGGCUACAAUCUCUUUGGCAGCGGUGCCGCUCCCAGCCGCAUCAACGACCGGUUCCUGCUCGGUGGCCCCACCGACGUGCGCGGCUUCACCCAGGGCGGCCUGGGCCCGCACGACGGCAGCGAUGCUGUGGGCGGCGACGUCUUUGCCGCCGGCGGCGUGAACGUGCUGGUGCCCAUCACCAAGGCCGGCCGCGACUCGCCGCUGCGUCUGCAGCUGUUUGCCAACAGCGGCCGUCUGGUGGCCCUGCGGACGAAGAAGCAGCCCAAGUCGCAGGCUGCAUCAGCAUCGGACGACACCGAGGGCGCAGCGCCACAACAACCAGCCGGCCAGACGUCCAGCCAGGUUGCCCAGAGCGUGUCGGCUGCCCUCCAGGACCUAACGACGGGCCUGCCAAGCACGGCCGUGGGAGUUGGUCUGGUGUACGCGCACCCCGUGGCGCGCUUCGAGCUCAACUUUAGCCUGCCCCUGGUGAUGCGCCGCGGCGAGGACAGCCGCAAGGGUCUGCAGGUGGGUGUGGGAAUCAACUUCAUGUAA